AUGGAGCAGGUGAAGUUGCCGCAGUGUGUGCAGUGUGACGGGGAAGGCCGUCCUUUAACACGGCAAUCCGAUUCCCCCAGCUUGCAUUCUCACAGGUUCCUUCAAGAUACUGCCCUGAAGCUCUCCGCUGAUUCUCAGCGUCAUGAAUCUUUGUGUGCCACUGAUCGAUCGCAAAUUUCAACCCCACCGACGGUCACACCUCCCAAGAGCCGAAUGUCAUCAUCAACACAGCAGCGGGAAGAUGAGAGACUCAUGAGGAGCAGCUUCCUUGCUGAAGCGGCAGAUUGCAUUCGGGCGUUGCAGGCUGUGUUCGACAAUGCCCAUGUCUCCACGUUCUCGUCUCGUUUCGAGGACUGGCGCAAAGUUGAUCUUAAAGCCACGGCGCAACUUCAGCAGCAUGUGAAGUCCUUGCAGAAGCUGAACGAAAGCAUUGGCGGCUUUUUGGCAAGAUGUUCUGCCGUCGAGACGUUCCAGGAGUUCCAUGGGACCAUAGACACCCUUUCACAAGCCAUAUUUGAGUUGAAGGAUUUCCGCGAGGCCUUCACCAACAGCAUUGAGGAAAUAUCAGAUGGUAUUACUCAGCGCAUCUUGACUUCUCUACGUGCCUUCGACGAGGAGAGAUACUCCUGGCUGCAUAAGACUCUGGAGGCACAGGGACAGAGUCAGGAGAGUAUGAUCAUCACACAGCGGAAGAUUCUGAACCGCUUGGAUAGUGUGGGCUAUUCUGUUGACCAGCAGGCAAGAGCAUCACAGGCCCAGAAAGAGCAGCUGGCGAGAGUGGAUGCUGUUCAGUCAGCCAUACAGCAAGACUGCCAAUGCCUCGUGGAUUUGCAGCAGAACGUUUUCAAGAGCUUCCGCAACUCUUCCGAGCAACAAGAGUCGUUGCAGGAUAACAUCUUCAGCAAGAUUGGAAGUGGCAUGGAAAAUCUUGAAAGCUACAUGGUCAACUCCUUGGGUUGGACUUCCGAUUUGCCAUCGCUUUCUGCGGCCUUUAAUGGCUUAGAAGCGAGGCUGACGGCGUGGGAGACGAAGUCGCUGCAGGAUGCUAUGGACCUGCGACUGGAGGUUUCCAAGUUGGAGAGCGCCUUGCGGGAGAGUGAGGCUGACUUGGGUCGAACUCGACAGGAGAAGGAUGAUGGCCUCGUGCAGCAGGCAGCUCUCAAUGAAAGCCUGCACUCGCUGCAAGACACUUUGCAGCAGACGAGCUCGCAACUUGCAACCGCAGAGCUUGCAUCGAUGCUGAACAGCAUGAAGAGGAUUCGGGAGAUCGAAAUCAGGGGCAACGUGAAGCUCGACAGACAGUUUGGUCGAAUAGUGUUGCUUCAGCAACUACCGUUCCUUCCCCAGGCCCCUGCCAAAGAUGCCAAGACUCCGGUCACAGUCACACUGGCAGACCCCUCGCAAGCUGAAGCCGUGUUAGAAGAUCUCUUGGACAUAGUGAGCAUGUUCCAUGUUCCACUCCACAUCAGCAUCAGCUGUAAGCUGCCCAAGGGAGGCGACACAAACGCCUGGCAGGACAUGGCCACCAAACGAGCGCAGAUUCUGAAAGACUACUUAGUGGACAGUGGCUUUCCAGCGGACAAGGUGCAGGUCAGUGGAGCUGUUGGUGCAAAUGAAAUGCAGAUUUUGUUAUUGGAUUCCAGCAUUUUCCCUCCAAAGCCCCCUGCAAAGAAUGCACGAGGAGCGUCCAAGUCGCCCCGCUAG